AGUCUAUUCAAGGCACUUGUCCUCCCUGAAAAAGGGGACUCGGGGGAGGCGCCUAUUGCUUGCACACUUGCACUACUAUCCAACCGGAGCACAUUUUCCCAGCCUGCUGCUGCUGCUGCUGCGUCCUCUGCAGCUCAAAAAAAACCCAAAAAAAAACACAACAAAAAGAACAUUUCCCGCCACAGGAGGAGCAGGAUUUCCCUCACUGGAAGCUUCUUACCUACCCUGCCAUGGAAGCUGUCCCAGGAUCGGAACAUAGUGCUGGGAGGUCAUUGUCUUCCUAUAGGUGUCCUUUUAGAUAUUCAACGACUGGUGUCCUUUGGCUGCUGUGGACUCUGCUGACCCACGUGUGGACCUUCAACCUGGAUUCCACUCACACUCUGCACAAACUGGGCGACCCCGGGACCUUUUUUGGCUUCUCUCUUGCACUUCAUCAGCAGCUCACACCAGAACCUCAAAGCUGGAUUCUGGUGGGGGCUCCCCAGGCAGCAGGCCGUGGUUCCUUGCGGGGCAGUCGACCGGGAGCUCUGUUCAAAUGUCCAAUCACACCCGAAGAGUAUGACUGUGAGAGGGUGGACAUUGACAGUGAAGUGGUUCUAAGCAGAGAGAGCAAAGACAACCAAUGGCUGGGUGUCACUGUCAAGAGUCAGGGCAUUGGAGGCAAAGUGGUGACUUGCGCUCACCUUUACGAGCUCAGGCAACGUGUGCACCAGUCAUCGGAAACACGCGAUCCCAUCGGACGUUGUUACGUCCUGAGCGAGGACCUGACGGAGCGAGAUGACCUGGACGGAGGGGAGUGGAAGUUCUGCGAGGGUCGACCGCAGGGUCACGAGCAGUUUGGAUUCUGUCAGCAGGGUCUUGCUGUCAGUUUCACCCCUGAUAACAACUUCAUUCUGUUUGGGGCGCCUGGGACCUACAACUGGAAAGGUGAAAUGCGCGUGCAGCUGCUUAACCAGACUCUGCUCGACCUCGGUUUCUAUGACGACGGACCCUACGAGGUGGCAGAUCAGAAACAGCUUAAUGCCCAGCUCAUCCCGGUGCCCUACCACAGUUACCUGGGAUUCUCUGUGGACUCGGCCAUGGGGAUAAUGAACCUGGGGGAGCUGACUUUUGUGGCAGGUGCACCCCGGGCUAAUCACACCGGGGCCGUGCUGCUGCUACGUAAAGACAACGUCUACCGCCUGGUGCCGGAGCACAUUUUCUGGGGGGAGGAGCUGGCCUCGUCUUUCGGAUACUCCGUGGCGACCACCGAUCUCAACAAUGACGGCUGGACCGACCUGAUUGUGGGAGCUCCGAAUUUCUUCGAUCGCAAAGCAGAGAUCGGCGGCGCCGUCUACGUGUACCUGAAUCCCUUUGGUCACUGGGAUGAUCAGGCUCGGCCUAUCCGUCUUAAUGGGACGUAUGACUCCAUGUUCGGCAUGACGGUCAGCAACGUAGGAGAUCUGGACCAGGAUGGAUAUGGAGAUAUCGCCGUUGGCGCACCGUUUGAUGGAGACGGCAAGGUCUUCAUCUACAGAGGUUCGGAUUCUGGGAUUGAAACAAAACCUGCUCAGGUUCUGGAUGGCCGAGACUUUGACGUGAAGCGUUUUGGGUACUCCAUCUCAGGUGGUCUGGACAUAGAUGAGAACCACUAUCCAGACAUGGCGGUGGGGUCGCUCAAUAAUUCAGUGGUGCUCUUCCGGUCUCGUCCGGUCAUUCACGUAAUCCGGGAGAUAUCUAUUGAUCCGCAGUUCAUUGAUAUGGCUCAAUACAACUGUAGAGGCAGAGACGGAGUCUGCAUCGAGGUCAAGGCCUGCUUCAUCUUCUCAGCCCAUCCAGUCCACUACUCACCUCAUUUAACCCUGGUGGUGCGCUUUGAAGCCGACACAGAGCGCAGGAAGCUGGGCCUGCCGCACCGCGUCAACUUCCUGGGCGGCAGUUCCCUGGAGCCCGAGUACACUCAGACCGAGGAAGUGGAGCUCCAUCGCCAGAAGCACCCGGCGUGCACCACUGCUGUCUUCCAGCUCCAUGAGAACAUCCAAGACAAGCUGCGCCCCAUCUCCUUGUCCAUAACCCACACCAUCAAACCUCUGCCUCCUCGCCGACACGCCGGACCCAGCAGGCUGGAAAAACUUCCUCCCGUGCUCAACGUGUCGCCCUCCAACACGCUGCACUCGGAGGUGAACUUCCUGCGUGAAGGAUGCGGCAAUGACAAAAUCUGUCAGAGCAACCUGAAGCUGAGCUACCGUUUUGGAACGCGACCUCUGACCUCUGACCUUUUCACCCCCCUGCCAAGGGACGAGGACAACGUCCAGGUGUUCUCCUUGUCCGACCAGCGCCUGGUGGUGCUGGAGAUCACCGUCACCAACAUGCCCUCUGACCCUCUCAGCCCAGAAGAGGACGGGGACGACGCCCACGCCGCUCAGCUGCUUAUCUCGCUUCCGAAAACUCUGUCCUACGCCGGCUCCAGGGUGACCUCCCAGAUGCGCUGUCAAGCCAACCAGAAUGGUUCUGAAGUAGAAUGCGACCUUGGGAAUCCGGUUAAAAGAAACACGAAGUUAAAAUUCUCCAUCAACUUGAGCACGGCCGCCAUCACCAUCGAAACCACAGAGUUGACCGCAGACCUCCAGCUAACUACAAUCAGUGAGCAGCCUGACUUGGUGCCAAUCACAGCAAUGGCUAAAGUGGUGAUAGAGCUCCCCCUGUCUGUUAUUGGGCUGGCUCGCCCUCACCAACUGUUCUUCAGUGGCGCUGUUAAAGGCGAAAGCGCCAUGAGCAGCUUGGAGGACGUCGGCAGCCGCGUUGACUUUGAGUUUGUGGUGGCCAAUCCAGGGCAGGCUCUGCAAACUCUCGGCUCCGCCUUCCUCAACAUCAUGUGGCCUCACGAGCUGGCCAACGGGAAGUGGCUGCUGUACCCGGCCAGCUUGAACUUUGAGGGUCACUCGGCCUCUCACUGCACACCCGCGGGGGCCGUGAACCCGCUGGGUCUGCACAGACCCUGGCUUGCAGAACCCUCACAGCCUGUCAAUCACACGCAGGCUGGACGGGCUCGUCGCUCUCAUCCAGACCACGAAGGUGAAGAAAUGAUCAAAGGCAGCGUGAGGCGAACUUCUCCUGCUGUGGCCGCUUCAGAAAGACGCAAGUCUCUUAAACUGGAUUGCCUCCUGGGUUCGGCGCGCUGUGUUCUCUUCCAGUGUCCUCUUCACAGCUUCUCUGGCCAGGCGGUGCUUAGGAUCCACGGCCGGCUGUGGAACAGCACCUUCAUCGAGGAGUUCCCGUCAGUCAGCGCUCUGGAGCUGCUGGUCAGAGCAGAAAUCACGGUGAAGUCCACCAUCAAACAUCUGGUGCUUAAGGAUGCUGCUGCUCAGGUUCCAGUGAUGAUCUACCCGGAACCAGGGCUAGUGGACCAGUACUCUAUCCCCUGGUGGAUCAUCCUCAUUGCCGUCUUGGCUGGCAUUCUUCUCCUGACCCUGUUGGUCUGCAUACUGUGGACGUGUGGCUUCUUCCAGCGGGCCCACCUCAAAGACAAACUGCCUCAGCACCACGCCGUGAAGAUCCCCCGCCAAGACCGCCCCCAGUUCCAGACGGAGAAGUCUGGCGCUCAGGCGAAAAAGGAAUGGGCCACACACUGGAGCGACAGGACCUCAUAAGCCCCGCCCACCACCCCCAACUAAUGUGUCACUACACGGAACUAAUGGACUAAGAAUAAGUGUCGGCAUGCGCAGGUUAGCGCCGCCUAAUGACAAAGAUGAUGUCAGGACAUCAGUCUGUAGCCAUGACGGUGAAGAGGAAUACUACUGUUUCGCCUUAACUGCUGACGACUGUACGGACCUUUUUGUGUCCGACGGAUUUAACUUAGCUAUAACAAUGGAAAAUGUAUGUCGAGUUUUAAAAAAAAGGUGGGAAAAGUCGUUUAAAUACUGACACUAGUAGCACUUUUCUUUAAGGUCGUCAUGCUUCAUGCGUUAUUUUUUUCUGGGUCAUGUGGCGGCUGGAGCCUAUCCUAGCUAACCUACGUCCUGGACUGUUCUACUUUCACACAGAGAUGACUCCUGUACAGAAUCUGGCGAAGGAGGGAUGCUUGCAUGCAGCGUUCCGAUACUAGGAGUGUCUGCUGUGACGUACACUAUAUUGCCAAAACUAUUCGGCCACCUGCCUUGACUCACAUAUGAACUUAACCAUAGGGUUCAAUAUGAUGUGGGUCCACCAGCUUCACCUCUUCUGGGAAGGCUGUCCACAAGGUUGUGGAGUGUGUUUAUAGGAAUUUCCCACCAUUCUUCCAAAAGCGCGUUGGUGAGGUCACACACUGAUGGUUGGUCGAGAAGGCCUGGCUCUCAGUCUCCGUUGUAAUUCAUCCCAAAGGUGUUCUAUCGGGUUCAGGUCAGGACUCUGUGCAGGCCAGUCAAGUUCAUCCACACCAGACUCUGCCAUCCAUGUCUUUAUGGACCUUGCUUUGUGCACUGGUGCACAGUCAUGUUGGAAGAGGAAGGGGCCCGCUCCAAACUGGGAGCAUGGGAUUGUCCAAAAUGUUUUGGUAUUCUGGACCAUUCAAAGUUCCUUUCACUGGAACCAACUCCUGAAAAACAACCCCACACCAUAAUUCCUCCUCCACCAAAUUUCACACUCGGCCCAAUGCAGUACGAAAUGUACCGUAAUACUGGCAACCUCCAAACCCAGACUGGUCCAUCAGAUUGCCAGAUGGAAAAGCGUGAUUCAUCACACCUGUGGCCGGGCCAAGUAAUUACGACACCUGAUUCUGAUCAUUUGGAUGAGUGGCCUAAUACUUUUGGCAAUAUAGUGUACGUCCAACAGUUUAUUCCAUUAUAAACAGGACAGGGAAAUAAAGUGUGGGAUGUUACAUUUCAAGUGCGCUUUCACACAUGCAGUUACAGCCUCUGUUCCGACCCCAAUGCUACAUUUGAAGGUGCAAGGUUGUAUUUCACGGAACACCAAAGAAGAGAAAAUAUGCCAGCUUUUACAGGCUGUGUGAUUGUAAUUGGAGUUAUUGGAGGAUUUCCUUUCCCACAGGUGUUAUUCUGCCACUUUCACAAACUCAAAAAGGUGUACAGUUUCCAGGUUGACUUCUGUCCAAUUUCGUGUCACACAGGAAAAAUUACUGAUUCUACAUGCUGUGUGAAAGGGAAUAAUUAACAUAUUUUCCGGACUAUAAAGCACACUUAAUAUUAUUUUUUUUCUUCUCAAAACCCGACAGUGCGCCUAAUGUACGGAAUAAUUCUGGUCUUGCUUACCAACCUCGAAUCAAUUUUAUUUGGUACAUGGUGUAAUGAUAAGUGUGACCAGUAGAUGGCAGUCAAACAUUAGAGAUAUGUGUAGACUGCAAUGUGACUCAAGUAAACAACACCAACAUUUUAUAUGUUCCAUUGAAAAUAUAGAACAUAGCACACGGCGCUCAAAAAUCUAUCAAAAUGUUUUAGUACGACUUUGGUAAGCUAUGAAGCCGCACCGCUUGAUGGAUUGUACUGUGCUUCAACAUAGGAGUAUUAUUAUGGUGUGUGUAUAAGGUAUGACAUAUUAUCUGGCGUUUUGUUUUGCAAUAUCAUGCAAAAACAACUUUUCUUACCUUCUGGUACCUGCUGAUCCGUAUUUGGGAUCUGCAUAAAUCCUGAAAAAUUGUGCGCGCUUCCGCCUUUGUAGUCCGUGGCGACACCGUAGUCGAUAAGCUUCUUCUUCUUCUCGAUCUUCUUGUUAUGUGACAUUCAUCCUCCGCUGUUGCCAUUUCUAAUAUAAAGUAGUGUAAAGUUCUUACUUAUAUCUGUCAGUACUCUCGCCAUGAAAGCACUAAAACAUACCGGUGUAGUGAGUUUACAUUAGUCACCCAAGGAACUUUAGUUAUUAGAGAGUUCCGGAUACAUUUCCGGUGUGGUUGUUUCCGGAUGAGGAGAUGCUGCUCCGUUAUUGAUUGAAGUAAAGUCUGAAUGUCAUUAAAACAGUUAGCGCCAUAUUUUGACACUACUUCCACUCCCGUCCUUGCACGCUACACCGCUACAACAAAGAUGACGGGGAGAAGACGCUGCUGAAGGUGAGCCACGUAAAUAAGACCGCCCACAAAACGGAAGCGACUGUCAGAAAGCGGCGUGAAGAUGAUCUGUAAAACAUCAUCUAUGCAACAUUUUGACCAAAAAACCACCAUUACAUGUUAUGUAGACCACAAGGAAGACUUUUACAUUUAAAAAAAAAAAUAUUAUAAUAUGAAUCCUUUAAUGCGCCUUAUAAUCCGGUGCGCCUUAUAUAUGAAAAAAGAUUAAAAAUUACAUCAUUCAUUGGCAGUGCGCCUUAUAAUCCGGUGCGCCCUAUGGUCCGGAAAAUACGGUAGGACUGGUGUUCACUCCCUUGUUCAGGCAUUGCGGAAUACCCUUAUACACAGGUGCUGUCCGGAAGUUGCCAGAUUGACUUUUUGACUUACAUUUUGUGUUUACAACAGAUAAAUGUGUGACGGAGCUAAAGUCAAUACGGAAUUCCCUUACAUACAGUUGUUACCCCGCUUCUUUUGUUGCUCCAAAAGCUCAAACAUGUUGACAGGUUGACCUCUCAUUUUGUGCUGUUACCGUUUAUACAGAACAGUCGAAACUCGUUGAAAAAAUGCCGGCAACAGGACGAGAGAGCUUCAGGUUGAAUAAAUGGUUGGGAUACCCUUUCACACAAGCAGUGUCCCGCCUCUGUUAUGGUUCUGAUAAAAUUGCAAGGCUGACUUUGGCGUGUCGGUACUGUUUCUGCAGAAAAAAAACGGCUGUUCCAGGCAAGAAAAAAUAAUUAGGUCUGGUUUUGACUCCCCCUGGUGCUUUCCCGGCUCUGUUACGGCCCUCAACUCCAAAGGUGGAAAGUUUACAGAUUUCCUUUUUGACUCCCAUUUUGUGUCGGUGUCGUUUAUACGGACUGAUAAAGUUUGAGGCUAUGUGAUGGGAGCUAAAGUCAUUGCGGAAUUUCCCCUUACACACAGUAGUUUUCACCGCUCCUUUCAUGGUUCUGAUUCAAAAGCUCAAAAAGGUCGACAGGAUAACCUCUCAUUUUGUGCUGUUACCGUUUAAACAGAACAGUUGCACACAUUGAAAAAAUGCUGACAACAGGAUGAGAGAGCUUCAGGUUGAAUAAAUGGUUGGGAUACCCUUUCACACAAGCAGUGUCCCGCCUCUGUUAUGGCUCUGAUAAAAUUGCAAGGCUGACUUUGGCGUGUCGGUACUGUUUCUGCAGAAAAAAAACUGCUGUUCCAGGCAUGACAAAAUAAUUAGGUCUGGUUUUGCCUCCCCCUGGUGCUUUCCCGGCUCUGUUAUGGCUCUGAUACCCCUCAACUCCAAAGUUGAAAAUUUUCCAGAUUUACUUUUUGACUCCCGUUUUGUGUCGGUGCCGUUUAUAUGGACUGAUAAAGUUUGAGGCUAUGUAAUCGGAGCUAAAGUCAUUGCGGAAUUUCCCCUUCCACACAGAAGUUGUCCCGCUUCUUUUAUGGCUCUGAUCCAAAAGCUCAAAAAGGUCGACAGGUUGACCUCUCAUUUUGUGCUGUUACCGUUUAUACAGAACAGUAACACAAGUUAAAAAAAUGCCGGCAACCGUAUGAGAGAGCUUCAGGUUGAAUAAAUGACUGAGGAUACCCUUUCACACAAGCAGUGUACUGCCUCUGUUAUGGUUCUGAUAAAAUUGCAAGGCUGACUUUGGCCUGUCGGUACUGUUUCUGCAGAAAAAAAACUGCUGUUCCAGUCAUGACAAAAUAAUUAGGUCUGGUUUUGAAUCCACCUGGUGCUUUCCCGACUCUGUUAUGGCUCUGAUACCCCUCAACUCCAAAGGUGAAAAAGUUUCUAGAUUUACUUUUUGACUCCCGUUUUGUGUCGGUGCCUUUUAUACGGACUGAUAAAGUCCAGGGCUAUGUGGGAGCUAAAGUCAAUGCGGAAUUUCCCUUACGCACAGACGUUUUCCCGCUUCUUUUAUGGCUCUGAUCCAAAAGCUCAAAACGGUCGACAGGUCGACCUCUCAUUUUGUGCUGUUACCGUUUAUACAGAACAGUCGCACAAGUUGAAUAAAUGCUGACAACAGGAUGAGAGAGCUUCAGGUUGAAUAAGUAAACGGGGAUACCCUUUCACACAAGCAUCUGUUACGGCUCUGGUUAAAUUGCAAGGCUGACUUUAGCUGUCUCUUUGCGUGUUGGUACUGUUUCUGCAGAAAACCAACACAGAAAAAAUACAGGCAUUACAAAAUAAUUAGGUCUGGUUUUGACUCCCCCUGGUGCUUUCCCGGCCCUGUUACGGCUCUGAUACCCGUCCGUCCAUCUCAUUUUGUGCUGUUACCGUUUAUACAGAACAUUCGCACAAGUUGAAAAAAUGCCGACAACAGGAUGAGAGAGCUUCAGGUUGAAUAAAUGACUGAGGAUACCCUUUCACACAAGCCUCUGUUACGGCUCUGAUAAAAUUGCAAGGCUGACUUUAGCUGUCUCUUUGCAUGUCGGUACUGUUUCUGCAGAAAAGCGACACAGAAAAAAAAACUGUUGUUCCAGGCAUGACAAAAUAAUUAGGUCUGGUUAUGACUCCCCCUUUGUUACGGCUCUGAUACACCUUUAACUCCAAAGGUGGAAAGUUUACAGAUAUACUUUUUGACUCCCGUUUUGUGUCGGUGCCGUUUAUACAGACUGGUAAAAUUUGCGGCUAUUGGUAGCUAAAGUCAUUGCGGAUUUUCCCUUGCACACAGAUGUUUUCCUGCUUCUUUUAUGGCUCUCAUCCAAAAGCUCAAAAAGGCUGCAAGAUUAACUUACCAUUUCUUUUUGCUGUUCCCAUUUCCACAGAACAGUCACACAUGCCUAUUAUAGGCUGCCAGUAAGGACGAUGCGUCCCGGCUGCGUUACAGUUCUGAUACAACCUCCAAAUGGUGCAAAAUUGCCAGGUUGACUUCGGCUUUCCCGUUGUGUGUCGGUACUGUUUCUACAGAACAGUGACACAUAAACAAUCUAGUGUCUGGUGUGGAACUUCACUCCACUGUUCAGGUAUUGUUAAAAACCCUUUACACACAGGUGCCGUCCCGCCUCUGUUACAGCUCAAAUACUACCUCCAAAAGGUGGAAAAUUGUCAGCGCAACAUUUUGCCUCCCGUUUUGCGUGGAUGCCAUUUAUACAGACAAACAGAAGACGGGAAAAAAUGGCGGCUUCCACAUGAAAGGAGCAUGAGUCAUGUUCAUUCAGGGACUGUCGAAACUUACCAUCUGGAAUGUUGACUGACAGCUGUCAUAUGUAGACCAAGGUACCUGAGGUCAAAGUUCAAGACAGUGCAUGUUUGUUUUGGCACUUUUUCUACACUUUUCAACAAGUCUUUGUAUUAGUCAGUCACAAAAAAAUGGGUUAAACGGUUCAAAGUAGGGGUGUCCCGAUAAAUUUUUAUUUUCGAUACAAUACCAGUAUACCUGUAUUAUUUUAUAGUGUGGAAUGUUGGAAAGGUGAAGUGAAAAGACUCACAGAACAAUGAAAAGCACAAACCUAUUUAUUAUUAACCGUCCAGAAUGGACAUAUGCUAGCUUUAAAAGGAAGUCGAGUGGUAAUUAGUUCAGCGGCCAAGAUAAUUUUUCAAGUUAAGGACAUGUCAGGUAUUGUUGCUGGAUACUUUCUAAUACUGUAAUUAUUUGAUACUUGUCCAAUUAAGGACAAUUAUUAUGGAUGUUAGCUUGUGUGCUAUUGUGUGCUUAGCUGUUGUGUCACUGCUAGCUCCUAGUCGCCUCAAUCCGACUAUAUUUACCUUUUGUAAAUGACUUGACUAAAAUACAAUAUAUGACCAACGUUGUGUGAUAACUGGAUGACGUUUAGAUGUUAACUGGCUGUAUUGGAACGAUUUUAUCGGAGAGUUUAGAAGCUGGCACGUUGUGUAAAUGGUAAAUAAAAACAGAAUACAAUGAUUUGCAAAUCCCUUUCAACUUAUAUUCAAUUGAAUAGACUGCAAAGACAAGAUACUUAACGUUUGAAAUGGUAAACUUUGUUAUUCUCUGCAAAUAUUAGCUCAUUUGGAAUUUGAUGCCUGCAACAUGUUUCAAAAAAGCUAGCACGAGUGGGGAAAAAAAAACUGAAAAAGUUGAGGAAUGCUCAUCAAACACUUAUUUGGAACAUCCCACAGGUGAACAGGCUAAUGGGGAACAGGUGGGUGCCAUGAUUGGUUAUAAAAGCAGCCUCCAUGAAAUGCUCAGUCAUUCUUAAACAAGGAUGGGGCGAGGGUCACCACUUUGUAAACAAAUGAGUGAGCAAAUUAUCCGACAGUUUAAGAACAACAUUUCUCAACCAGCUAUUGCAAGGAAUUUAGGGAUUUCACAAUCUACGGUCCAUAAUAUCAUCAAAAGGUACAGAGAAUCUGGAGAAAUCACUGCAUGUAAGCGGCAAACAUUGAAUGCCCGUAACCUUCGACCCCUCAGGCGGUACUGCAUCAAAAAGCGACAUCAGUGUGUAAAGGAUAUCACCACAUGGGCUCAGGAACGCUUCAGAAAACUACUGUCAGUAACUACAGUUCGUCGCUACAUCUGUACGUGCAUGUUAAAACUCUACUAUGCAAAGCGAAAGCCAUUUAUCAACAACACCCAGAAACGCCGCCAGCUUCUUUGGGCCUCAGCUCAUCUAAGAUGGACUGAUGCAAAGUGGAACAGUGGUCUGACGAGUCCACAUUUCAAAUUGUUUUUGGAAAAUGUGGACGUCGUGUCCUCCGUACAAAAGAGGAAAUGAACCAUCCGGACUGUUAUAGGCGCAAAGUUCAAAAGCCUGCAUCUGGAAAGGUAAGGGGGUGUAUUAGUGCCCAAGGCAUGGGUAACUUACACAUCUGUGAAGGCACCAUUAAUGCUGAAAGGUACAUACAGGUUUUGGAGCAACAUAUGUUGCCAUUCGAGCAACGUUAUCAUGGACGCCCCUGCUUAUUUCAGCAAGACACUGCCAAGCCACGUGUUACAACAGCGUGACUUCAUAGUAAAAGAGUGCGGGUACUAGACUGGCCUGCCUGUAGUCCAGACCUGUCUCCCAUUGAAAACGUGUGGCGCAUUAUGACGCCUAAAAUACCACAACCUUGAUGUACAGCUUAAGUUGUUUAACUGUCCGAGUUCUCUGAACUAUUGAACAACUUAAGCUGUACAUCAAGCAAGAAUGGGAAAUAAUUUCACUUGAAUAGCUUCAAAAAUGUGUCUCCUCAGUUCCCAAACGUUUACUGAGUGUUGUUAAAAGGAAAGGCCAUGUAACACAGUGGUAAAAAUGCCCCCGUGACAACUUUUUUGCAAUGUGUUGCUGCCAUUGAAAUCUAAGUUAAUGAUUAUUUGCAAAAAAAAAAAAAGUUUCUCAGUUUGAACAUUAAAUAUCUUGUCUUUGCAGUCUAUUCAAUUGAAUAUAAGUUGAAAAGGAUUUGCAAAUAAUUGUAUUGUUUUUAUUCACCAUUUACACAAUGUGCCAACUUCACUGGUUUUGGGUUUUGGACUUGUUUUUUGCUGAUGUUCCAUAUCAUAAUGGGAUCAAGACACCCCUAGUUCAAAUGUAUGAACGUGAGAUGUUUUGUUUCACCUUUAACCCAAUGCAAUACUGCCAUCUACAAGAGGCAAAUGCGUUUGUUGUGUGAACGUAUCUCUCAUCGUUUUAUUAUAGUUGAUGAGCUGACUGCGGAAGGAAAACCAAAUAUGUCCGCUCUAAAAUGCCACCUGUCGUGUAAGGUUUAAGAAUUUAUAAGCAGAGUUUUAAAUUGGUAUUGUUGAUCAGUGUAAAUACCUGUGUGAGGUUUAGAUGAAUUGUACAGCAAAAAAAAAAAAAUGGUGUGUGAUUUAAAUCAACCUGCUUGUCACUAACUGUGUUUAUCCGACAGAUGGUAAAUUGCAUGCAAAGUGCCUUAAGCAUCCCAGCACAUGUUAUUGUGAGGUUGUGACAUCACGCCCCGACUGACACGUGGGAUGGAUGACAUGGUGGCAAACAGCAUGGAGAGCCCCGCUUGUGUUAUUUGCUAUUGCUGGACAAUCUUAUUCAAUCUUUUAUUAGCUGCAAAAUGGAAAGCCACCCUCACCAAUGACCCCUUUUCCCACUGUCACUCGUCAGCGACUUAUUAUUAUUUUUGGCUUGGCUGCAUUGUUUUAACAUUAUGAAUACAAAUUAAAGGAAAGAAAGUAAGACUUUAACAGAGUGUUAUUUGACACAUACAAUAUUUUCAGUUUUUCUUCACAA